AUGAGCGAACCGUGGCAGGCAGCGGCGCGUCAGAAGGAUAAGGAUGGAGGGAAGGCCGCGGAGGGGGCCACUGGCAAAAAUGGAAAGCGGUGUCACCUGUGUGGGGCGACGGGCUCCGGGAGGUGGUACGGAGUGUCGGCGGAGGUGCGCAAGUGCGAUCCCUGUUACGCUCGGGAGUACAAUAUCAGGAGGAGACAAGGGCAUGUGCUCACCGGGAAGACGCACACAGCGAAGGGGAACGAGAAGGAGGGUGACUCAGCACCGGAGAAUGAUGGAAAGAAGGUCGCAGACUUGGCAAAAACCGCCAUGGACUCCAGGGGUGAGAAGCAGAAACAGAAGGGGGCUUCUCCAAAUUCCUUGGAGACCUCCCCAAAAAAGAAGGGCGCGGGGCACAGCUUGGCUACACGAGAGCCCGGGCUGUGCAUUGACUGUGGAGCAACAGAGUCGAGCAGCUGGCACCGGGGCCCUGGGGGGCCCAAGACGCAGUGCCGCAAGUGCCACGAUCUGCAGGGAGGGGGCCCUUGCCACGUGUGCGGUACGCGGGAUACGUGCAUGUGGUAUGGCGGGCCGAAAGGACCAAAGACCACAUGCAGCACGUGCUACCGCAAGUAUCUCAAGGGGAAGAAGGACGGGGCUCUUGCCCACGCCAGGCCAGCGACCAAGGGGAGCAAAAGGGCUGUCCCAUCGCCACAGAAGACAGUGAACAUGGAUAUGGCUGCUGUUGGGGGUGUUUCGCUGGACAGCGAGCUGGUCAGCCGGCGGGUGGGCAUCUGGUGGCCGAUUGACGGAGUGUACAACAAGGGGCGGGUCAUUCGCUACACGAAAUGGAAUUCGAGCCACGAGGUCCUGUACGACGAUGGCGCGAGAGAAUUCCUCACCCUUGCGAAGGAGCAUUGGAAGCUGCUCGAAAGCGACGACGAGAGCGAGAGCGAAGAAGAGGGCGAUGAGGAAGAAGAGAGCGAGGGAGAAGAAGAGAGUGAAGAGGAGAACGAGAGCGAAGAGGCACAAGAGAGCGAGGGGAUGGAGCGGGGCGAGGAGGAAGCGAGAGCAGAACAAUACGGAAGGGAAGAAAACGGGGCACAGGGCGGGGGACAAUCUGACGGGGAAGGAGAAACGGACACGGAAGAAACGGACACGGGCAUCCACAAGAACAGCAGCCCGGUGGAACAACGGCGCCGCGGGGACGUGUCUGCCGGCGUGCGGAAGACAAGGGCCCGCAGCUCCGGGGGGGUCGCAACAGGCGCCAGUUCGGAGAGGGAGGGUGCAGCGACAGGAGACGCCGCAGAGGGGGGGUUGGGGGCCGAGCGCGAGCAACCCCCUGCGGGGCACGGACAGGAGAUCGUGUCCGCAGUCCUGAAAAUGGUGUCAGAAAUGGAUCAGGCGGGGGGGUCAGGCGGUGAAGGUCUGGAAAGAGAGAGCUCUGAAAGGGAUGGAGGUUCUAGAGGCGAAGCGGUAAAUGGUGAAACUAGAGUGGGGGUCGGCGCUGCAGACGAGGGGGCCGCGGGGCGGGAGGCUGGAUUGGCAAUUGUGACCUACCAGGCGAGCCCCUUUGCAGGCCUGGUCCAGCCUCAGCCUGCCCCCUGGCUUCCCCGCCUAGACGACUCCAGCGAGGGCUUCCGGCGGGACUCCACCAGCCAACCGCCGGCUCACAAAGCGCGACUAGCUCCCAGCUCGGAGUCAGUCAGAGAAACGCCCCCGGUUGCGGCGGAUGCCGCAACAGAAGGGCUCGGGGAAGAGCCCCGAGCUGCGCUGGGUGACGGGGCGGGGAAGGCGAGAGCAGACGGUCAGCCUAGUGAACUAGGCACUGGUGAAGGCGCGAACGAAACCAACAUCAGCGAAGAGCUUAACAAAAGCCCCGCCGAAAGCGAGCCGACUAAUGGGUGUAGCGAAGGCGGGGACGGACCAGCCGCUGCUGAGAAGGCCCCGGAACUGCCGCCCGGGUCAGAGGAGCCGCUCGGUACUGAAGAAGUCGGGCCCGGUCCUCUGGUUGAAACUGCGGAAGGGGUAACGGGAAGUGCCGCAGAGGACGGCGCUCCAAUUCCGCCGGCCGCCAUGAUCGGGCCGGGCUCCGUGAUCGUUUCUGGAGUGUCCUCUGCGGUUUGGGAGGGCGAGUCGACUGUACGGGAGGAGGGCCGGGGCGCGCGAACGGAGACGGAGUCGGGUGAGAAUGGAUCGGCAAAGCCAGAGCUGGGGACGGAAACGGAACUAAGGGCGGCUGAAGCGGACCCCAACGAGGGGGGGUCGGCAGAGGGGAUCGCGGGGGACGAAGGACUCGUGGAGGGGGUGCUUUUGCCAGGGACAGUGUGGGGAGGGGAUGCGAGUCUGCAACGGGCAGAAAGCAGCGAAGGGCGACCGGUGGUUGCCGGAGCAGGAGCCUCGGAGCAGGAUGCCGGCAAGCAACUCGCCGAGGCAGAGCCCGAUCACGACGAAGACGAGCCUCAAGGUGACCAAGCGAACGCUUCGCAGCCAGCAGCAGAGGGCGGCGGGCAAAUCGUGGUCGCCAGCGAAGACGCCACGUGGCAGCCGGAGGAGGGCUCUCUAUGGGCCGCCUACGCCAAGCAGCUGCUCCCGGGCGGGUUCCUCUGGGGCGCGUACGCGGACGCACUCCCGUCCGAAAGUCAACGGACGUUCGCAGCCCGGGGGCCGUCCGAAGACCAGGGGCCGUCCGAACAGCGGGGACCGUCCCGGUCCGUCAACGUGCGAGCGGCCGACACCCACGGGACGUCGGAACACCUGGGAUUGUCCGAGAGUCAGUGGGCAUCCGAGCGGCCGCACGUCUGUGCGAACUGCGGGUUCUGCGAGGGGGGGGCGGUAACCUUUCCGGGGGGGCCGCCGGGGCGCCUAGGGAUGCCCCUCUGGGGGGGUGCAGAGCCUUGCGCACGCGUCCCCAUUAGCGUUCUGAGGGAGUGGAUCCAAGGGGCUGGAGGAGUGGGCAGAGCGACCGAAUCGCCGCUUGUUCCGGCGGUGGGUUCUAGGGGAACAUUCGAGGAGCUGGAACUGACCCCCCGAGCCGGGAUGAAGCGCGGCCGGCAGUGGCCGGGAGCUUCUGCGGCAGCGCCUCUUCAGAUCCGAGGCCCAAGCUCGGGGGGUAUCGCCGAGCCUUCCCCGGGGGGAGGUCCACUCGAGGGAUCCCUCAAAAGGGCCCGGGGCCCAGGCGGUUCGAAGGCGGCGGGAGGUGACGUCAGGGACAACGCGCUGAGGGGAGGGGCGGCCGCGGCUGUGGGCGGGGACCGGGUGGUAUCACUUGGCGAUUCCGAGGUCGGGUGA